AUGGACUAUGUGGCCUCACAGAUAGCAGGAAAAGAGAAAUGUAUAAAAACCUUUUCAGGCCGCCCCACUCCUUCGUCGGCGGGGGCGCGGCGGGAGAACCGAGCACUACCCCCCACCCCGGGACGUCACCUCGCCGCGGCCUCGCCCCCUCGCCCGCCCCUCCCGUCGCGCCCAGUCGUCUCACAGCCGCCUCACAGCCGUCCGCGCCCCCGCCCCCUUCCUCGCGGGCCGCCGCCCGCGCCCGCGCCCGCGCCCGCCCACUCCUUCGAGACGCCUCGCGCCGGGCGUGCGUGUGGACGUCGGGUGUGUGCGGUGCCGUGGGGCGCGAGUGCGCGCGCGCGCGCGCCGCGGCGGACGCCGGGGGGCGGGGGCGGCCGGCAGGCAAGUAGGGGCCGCCCGGUCCGACCCGCCGCGCGGCUCCCGCGGCUCACGCACUCACACUCGCGCUCGCGCGCCGCUCCCCACGCCCGCCGCCACCGCGAGCCGCACCGCCACUUGCGGGGGGCGGGGGCGCGCGCCACCGGGCCCCCGCCCCCACCCCUCGCGCCCCCGCCCCAUCCCCCUCUCAUUGUCUCGCCUCGGAGCGCCUCGCCUAGCGAAAAGAUAACGGAACCCCCGGGAGAAGGGGGUGGGGAGAGAGAAAGCUCGCCCGCUCGCUCACUCACCUCCCGUGGUCGUCGCCGCCGGUAG